AAACCGGAAAUGUUGGAAACCACUGUGCGUGCGCAGUUUGCAUUGAUCAUCUGUACAGACACAGAUAAAAUAUCCAAGAUUUUAAUAUCAGAAUAUUAUCCAGAAAAUACACGAAUUUUCCUAUUCUUUAGUCACAACUGGAUGUAGUAGAGUUUUUACCAUCUGGCAUGUGCCAGAUUGAGGGUCAAGCCUAUGGCAGACCAACCUGAGUUCCAGUCUGGGGGGUCACAUAGAAGAAGACACCAUUCUGGGGCAGAUUCAAAAGUUGAAGUAGGCCAAACCAAUAACAUUUCACAGUCUGUUUUAAUCAAGAAGAAGAAAUCAAAGAAGCGAUUUGCACAAAGUUCACAGGAAGGUCCAACUACCAGUAAACAAAGUAAAUUGUCAGGAACCAGUUUGAAACUAUCAAAGAAGGAGAAAUUAAGAAAUAAAAAAGAGAAAUCUAGAAAGAAGAAAAAUAAAAGAGCUCAGUUACCAGCUGUAGCUGUGAACCCUGAAACCAUUGACACUAAACAAACAGAGGAAAAAGACUCUGAUACUAAUAAAUAUACAAUUUCCAAAAAUCUAAGAUCAAAUUUAGAGGCAGAAGUAGUUCCAGGGAUACCUUAUUAUCCUGAAAGGUCAAGGUCAGUGUCUGGAACUAGAAGUCGGGACAGGAAAAGCAGUUUUAAUAGUUUAGAGGAUAUAAAACUUAAAGUUGUUGGCAAAAGUGUAGACACAAGCCAAGGAACUCAAGAUAUUCAGGUUGAUAUCGCUCAUACAAGUGUUCAAAACCCACAAAGUACUUGUCCUUCAAAGAAAAGGGAUAAGAAGAAAAGGAAAAGCAAGGAAAGACGUUCUAGUAGCACUAGUUCUAAAUCCUUGUCGCCGGAGCUUGAUAGCUUACGGCGCACUCGAAGAAGCAAAACGGGAUCGUGUGCUAGUAGCAGUGGUAGGCGUUCCGCUUCAUCAUCAAAGCGUCCUGCUGGUAGCAGCAGUCUCCUCAAUACAGCCAGUGGAAGUGAGAGCGGGACAUCCAGAGGGGGAGCCAAACCACAAAACAGUAGUAGUCUGAUGUCAGGACAGGAGGAUAAUACUGAUAAUGGAGGUGGAAGUAGACCUCGGGAGGAAGGGGGCAGUCAGCCAUCUCUGGCAGCAUCAAAUGCUGCAGGGGCUACAGCUAUGACCUCUGAGAGUGAGACAGAAGAAGGAGAUAUGGGAAGAUUGCAAGCAUUAUUAGAAGCUAGAGGAUUGUCAUCAACUUUAUUCAACACACUAGGACCCAGAAUGCAUCAGAUUUUACACAGAACUAUGGGAGGUGGAGCAAUGAGUAAAGCCCAGCAGUUAUUGCAAGGUCUACAAGCGACAGGUAAUGAGGACCAGCAAUUGUCUGCAGCCAUAGAAAUGUGUCAGUUGUUGGUCAUGGGGAAUGAAGAUACAUUGGCAGGAUUCCCAGUAAAACAAGCCGUACCAGCACUUAUUACACUAUUACAAAUGGAACAUAACUUUGAUAUAAUGAACCAUGCUUGUCGAGCCUUGACCUACAUGAUGGAAGCUCUUCCAAGGUCAUCAGCUGUUGUCGUUGAUGCUGUGCCAGUAUUCCUUGAGAAACUAAGAGCAAUACAGUGUAUGGAUGUUGCUGAGCAGUCCUUAACAGCAUUAGAAAUGUUAUCUAAAAGACACAGUAAAGCAAUACUACAAGCUGGAGGUAUAUCAGCAUGUCUGAUGUUCCUGGACUUCUUUAGUAUUACAGCACAGAGAAGUGCUCUAGCUGUGACUGCCAACUGUGUACAGAAUCUGACAGCUGAAGAGUUCCACUUUGUCAGAGAAUCUCUACCAUUACUCAGCUCUAAACUCACACAUCAGGAUAAGAAGUCUGUUGAGAGUUGUUGUUUAUGUUUCUCUCGAUUGGUUGAUAAUUUUAGCAGUGAUCAGAGAGUACUAAAGGAAAUGUCAGCUCAUGGAUUGUUAACUAAUAUUCAACAACUCUUGGUUGUGAGCCCACCUGUUAUUAGUACUGGUAUCUUUGUUAUGGUGAUCAGAAUGUUAGCAAUAAUGUGUGCCAGCUGUCCUGAUCUAGCUGUUGUUCUACUCAAACAGAAAAUAGCUGAUACUUUGUGCUAUCUUUUGGUGGGAACUUCUGAACAGACUGAAAAUGUUGUUGAGUUAGUAUCCAGAACACCACAGGAGCUGUAUGAGAUUGUUUGUCUAAUUGGGGAAUUGAUGCCCAAGUUACCAACUGAUGGUAUAUUUUCCAUUGAUCAAAUGUUACGUAAAGGAUCGUUCACUCAAACUGAUGCAGUUAUGUGGCAAUGGAGGGAUGAUAGAAGCAUCUGGCAUCAUUAUACAGCAAUAGAUAGUAAAAUUGUAGAGGCAGCCUAUCAAGCUGGAGAGGAUGAGGUCAGUUUAUCUACUAUGGGCAGGUCAUAUACAAUAGACUUUAAUUCCUUGCAGCAGAUUAAUGAAGACACAGGCACAGCACGCCCUGUACAGAGGAAACUUAAUUCAUUUGGUGUCCCACAGCCUACAGGGUCCUCCACCAAUACCACAACACCACCAUCCUCCACUACAACCACAGAUCCACUGGUAGAUAGAUGUGAUUCUAGAGCAGAAAUUCUAAAGGAGGACAUGGAGUUAGCCUCAGCUUUCAUACAAACUCUCUUCUCUGUCUUGUAUGAAGUCUAUAGUUCAUCUGCUGGUCCUACAGUACGACACAAGUGCCUACAGACAUUAUUACGAAUGAUAUUCUAUGCUGGAGCUGACCUGUUGAGAAGUAUUUUACAAACACAGCCUGUGUCCAGCCACAUUGCUGCAAUGAUGGCAUCUAAUGAUUUAAAAGUGGUUGUAGCUGCUGUACAGAUGGCAGAAAUACUGAUGCAAAAAUUACCAGAUGUUUUCUCCAUAUAUUUUAGAAGAGAAGGUGUUAUGCAUCAGAUAAAGAAAUUAACAGAAAUAGAUCCCCAGGCCCCAUCCCCUGUCAAGGCAUCGCCUUCACCAUCAACAUCCAUCCCCCCACCAGCAUCUGUGUCAAGUUCCUCAGCAAGUAUCACAAGCAGUAGUACAUCAUCAGAAAGCAUUGAUAAAAAAUUAGACGGAGCAUCAAAUGUUGUGGCAUCAACGUCAGAGGAACACAGCUCUUCUCAAAUGAGACUAAGUGAUGUAUUAAAAAGGAAGAAACCACCAAAAAGAUCACUGGGUCGUAAAUGUAAAAAUACAGAUGAAUCUUCUACAGAUACCCCUACUAAAGGAUCUCCUGCCGUGGGAAACAGAAGUUCUAAUAGGGCAAAGUCUGCAGGGAAGGAAGGGAAAUCAAGUUCAAAGAUGUCUUUCUUACCAAGUAGUUUGAAUCCACGAACAUGGGGAAAGUUUUCUUCUUCAUCAGAGCCACCUAAAUCUGGCUUAUCAAAGGUUGGUCAGCCAAGACUUUUGACCAGUCUCACCAGAAGUGAUGCCUUUAGUCCUAAACCUGUGCUGAUAACCAGCCCAUGCAACAAAGAGAAAGUGAAAGCCUGGGUUAAAGAGCAAGCAUCUAGAUUUUUAGAAGAGUAUUUUGGUAAUGAGACCCAAGGAUCAAGUCACCCUGCUCUCAAUAUACUCAACAGACUUUGUACUGCCACAGAUCUUUUAACAGUUGAGGAUGACUGUGGAAUAGAUUGUUUGAAAGAGAUAGCUAAUAUAAUGAAGGACAGCGAUGUGUCUCCAUUUGAAAUAAUACAUAGUGGACUUGUUCAGAAACUUUUACAGUAUUUAACUUCAACGACAGGUGAUGUGCCACGAGAUGUCCGAAUCAGAAGAUUUCUACAUAUAUUCCUUAACUGCCCUCCUCCAGAUGUAUUACAUUGUAAAGAGGUACACUUAGAUUCUGGAAACCUGCCAUCAAUGACUGCAUUGGUUGCCAAACUGAUUGGUUGUUUGCACCAGUUAGAACAGUUCCAGGUCAAAGUUCAUGAUUUACCAGGUGGAAGUGCAUCCAGUGGGAGAGGUUCUAAUGCUUUGAGAUUCUUCAAUACACAUCAGUUAAAGUGCAAUCUACAAAGACACCCUGAAUGUACCACACUUCGCCAGUGGAAGGGAGGACCUGUGAAGAUUGAUCCAUUAGCCUUGGUUCAGGCUAUAGAGAGAUACCUUGUAGUUAGGGGGUAUGGCCGUCCUAAACCUGAUGGUGGGGAUGAUGAUAUAAGUGAUGAUGAUAAUUCUGAUGAAGAUGUCGAUGAUACCAUGGCUGCUGUAUUUAUCAGUCAAGGCACAGCCAGACAUAAGUUAGAAUUUUACAUGGGAGAGCGGUUUCUGCCUUACAACAUGACAGUGUAUCAAGCCAUUAAAAACUACAGCAAUCCUGGGGAGAAAGAUGCCAGUGAAACAGAUACGGAUUCAGAAAUUCCUCUUGGUCAUGCUGGCAUUUGGGUACAGACCCAUACAAUAUGGUACAAGCAGGCUGCUGACCAGGAUACAGUUACAAGUCCAAAGAAAACUAAAUCUGAACACCAUAGUAAAUCUAAAGGCAGGAAAAAAGUGGACGAUUUAUGGAAUGACGGUCACUGUCCUGUGAUGGUUCCAGCAUUAAAUGCUUACUUAACAGACAAACUGCCAGCCUUUGUUACAGUUAUGGAUCCUUCUCUUGACGUUAUAGCUCUACUUAGAAUAUUACAUGCCUUUAAUAAUUAUUGGUCUACUAUGUAUGAGGUGCCAUUUUCUCACAAACCUAUUAUGUCUUUCAACGAGUUCUUAAGUUCAAAGUUAACAGCCAAAGCUAACAGACAGCUACAGGACCCACUGGUGAUUAUGACGGGCAAUUUACCUAACUGGUUGGCUGAGAUAGCCAAUGCAGCACCAUUCAUGUUUCCUUUUGAAACUCGUCAGUUAUUAUUUUAUGCCACAACCUUUGACAGAGAUCGAGCUCUAAUGAGACUACAAGAUAACACCGGUGACAAUAGCUCUAAUGAUAAUAAUGAGAGGGUAGCUCCUAGGCUGGACAGAAGAAGGCGAGUUGUGAACCGGUUAGAAUUGUUAAAACAAGCAGAGAAAGUUAUUGAUGAACUGGGUAAUUCUAAAGCCUUACUGGAAAUUCAAUAUGAAAAUGAGGUUGGAACAGGUCUAGGACCAACUUUAGAAUUUUAUGCAUUAGUAUCAAAAGAAUUACAGAAAUCAGAGUUUGAAUUGUGGAGAGGGGAAUCUUUAGUCGAGAAAAACUCUUCAGAACACGUAACAGAAUAUAGUUUCUCCAUCUGUGGACUGUUCCCAGCACCACUUGCACGGAAUGCUAAAGCUGCCAUUGUCAAUAGAAUUAAAGCUAAGUUUAAAUUCUUAGGCAAGUUUAUGGCUAAAGCAUUAAUGGACUCCAGAAUGCUGGACUUGCCAUUGUCCUUGGUUUUCUACAAGUGGAUGUUAGGACAAGAACACAGUCUUACAUCAGCUGAUCUACAAUUUAUAGAUCCUGUCAUUGCCAAGUCUUUCCAACAGUUAGAGGAUAUUCUCAGACAAAAACACAGAAUACUGGCUGAUAAGUCACAUACUGAGGAGAGUCGCCAGUUAGCCCUGGAAAGUUUAAGUAUGGAUGGGUGUAGUAUAGAAGACCUAGAUAUUGACUUUACACUCCCUGGUUAUGGCCAUAUAGAAUUGAAGAAAGGAGGCAAGGAUAUACCUGUCACAUUAGAUAACUUGGAGGAAUACUUACAGUUGGUAGUACAUUGGAGUUUAGUGGAAGGUGUAUCCAGACAGUUUGAAGCAUUUAGAGAAGGAUUUGAAUCUGUCUUUCACAUGUCAUCACUACAGAGCUGUUAUCCUGAUGAGCUGGAGCAGUUAUUCUGUGGUAAUGUUACCGAGCCCUGGGAUACAAAGAUGUUGUUAGAAUGUUGUCGCCCCGAUCAUGGUUAUACACACGACAGUCGUGCUGUUAAAUCGUUGUUUGAGAAUCUCAGUUCCUAUGAUAUCAAUGAACAGAGGGAGUUUCUACAGUUUGUUACCGGGUCACCUCGUCUUCCAGUCGGAGGUUUUAAAAGUUUGAAUCCUCCAUUGACAAUAGUCAGAAAGACAUUUGAAACCAACGAUAAUCCAGACAGUUUUCUGCCUUCUGUGAUGACAUGUGUUAAUUAUCUCAAAUUACCUGACUAUUCAUCUGCACAAAUCAUGCGAGAAAAACUACAAAAAGCUGCAAAAGAAGGACAACUCUCAUUCCAUUUGUCAUAACAAAAAUUUGUGUGUGUGUGUGUGUGUGGAUUGUUCUCGGUAUGGAAUCAAAUUGUGAUUGUGAUUGUUAUUUUCAUGGUGGGAAUUUUUUAAGAAAAAUAAUAUGCGGUCAAUUUACUCCUGCUUUAAUUUAGUUUUGUUAAUUAGACAGAUUUGGUAGAUCUUGUCAAUAGAUGAUUUUCUUCUGUAAUUUGUAUUACUAGUCAUAUUGUUUAUAUUUUAUGUAACCUCGACUUUAAAAAAAUGAAUAAUGUAUGUGUCAACUUGUCCAUGUACAAUAACGUAUGUGUCAACUUGUCCGUGUACAAUAAUGUAUGUGUCAACUUGUCCAUGUACAAUAAUUUAUGUUUCAACUUGUCCAUGUACAAUAAUGUAUGUGUCAACUUGUCCAUGUACAAUAAUGUAUGUGUCAACUUGUCUGUGUACAAUAAUGUAUGUGUCAACUUGUCCAUAUACAAUAAUGUAUGUGUCAACUUGUCCAUGUACCAUUAUUUAUGUGUCAACUUGUCCAUGUACAAUUAUGUAUGUGUCAACUUGUCCAUGUACAAUUAUGUAUGUGUCGACUUGUGAUUGAUUGAUAGAUUUGGAGUAAAGCAUCCAUGCAAUAUAACAGAAUGAAGUAAUGUGAUUAUGAGAGAUCAUGGUUUGCUAUUAUGUUUUCAUUCUUUAUAUGUAUUUAAUUGGAUAAACAAUCAUUUUGUAUGAUGACAUUGACCUAUAAUCUCAUGCUAUUACUUUAAAACAUGUUUUAUUUCAGAAAGGCACAUAGAAAUAUCCAGAAAUAGUUAUAUAAAUAAGAAGAGACUGUAAAAACUAGCAAAGUUUGAAGAUAAUGAGAACAGAGAAGGUUUUUUUUCAUCCCCCAUCAAAUCUUAUUGGUGUUUUUAUAAAUAAUUUAAUUUAUGAUUUAACAUAUCUUCUCUGAUUGGCUAUCAGCUCAUAGAUAUAACUUUGUCAUGUGACUGUGAUGUCAUCUUUUUUUCAUGAUUUACUCCUUGAAAAUGGAAUUUAGAAUUAAGUUAUAAAGAAUCAGUAAUAUAUUUUUCUGUCUUUUUAGAAUAACUUAAAGAAAUAAUGUGCAUACUUUUAAUAAAUUCCUUAUGUAGUCCACUAAAACUAUUCAUUUUGAUUAAGAUUUUAGAGAUGAUGGGCUCCCAAAACAUAUCAGAAAUCCUUUUAUAGUUGUAAUCAAAAUCUUAUUUUAGGAAUUGUUUUGUAUUUAAAAAAAAUAAAACUACAUUCAGAAAAUAGAGGGAGGAACUCAUCUUUUGGGAAAUAUGUUUUUAUGGAGAAUAGUGUGCUUUAAGAUUAUGUUAAAAUGAAUACCAAAAAUCUUAGUAUCACUAGAAAAAAACAGUGCUUGUAAAAAUAACAUGCAGGGAUAUCCUAAUAGUUUAUAUUUUAUAUUUGUUUUGUAGGUAUAUAGAAGUAGAUCCCAUUUAUAUUGUUAGUAUAAUACAUACAAUUGACAUUUUGUUUUCUUUAUUUAUUUCAUAUUUCAGUUUUAUGUUGAUAUUUUAUUUUGUCAUCACAAUGAUCACAUGCUACACAAUAAGUUAGGUUUAAUUGUUUUGAUGAAAACACGGAAUGUCUUUUCUUUCAAAGGGAAAUAUUAUGAUUAUCCAGUGGCAGAUCUAUAAACUUACAUAAGAGACAAUGAUUCCCUAUAUAAUCAACCAAUUCAGAUUUUCCUGAAAUUGCAAUAAUUAAUCCUGCGUUUUAGUCCAUUCUACCAAAUUUGCAAUAAUAAAUCCAUGCAAAAAUUUCUGAAUUUACAGUAACAAAUAUCAUUGAGAUCUUUAUCUGUUAUGUCAGUGAUUCCCAUGAAAUUUAAUUCAAUACAGCUUCUAAGCUUUAGUGAUGUCAUUUAUGUUUGGUUCAAGAUAAACACAAACCAGAGAUCAGUUAUUGACAAUUGCUAUUAAUAAAUUAAUUGACCUUGAUAAAACUAACCAGAGGUCUUCUAGGGAUGGUUGAUUUUUUAUUUGUACAAUUUCCUGAACACAAGUCAAUGUAUUCCUGGACAUACUAUUGGCCAACAAUGAUUGUGCUUUGAAAAAGAACAGUCGGAUGCAAGAGUAAAAUUGUGUGAUUUUAUACUGUAAUGUUUUUACUUAUUUAAUUAAAACUGUUACUUGCUGUACAGUAUAAUGUAAUGAUUUGUACUUUUUUGUUACCUAAUGAUCUAGAGAAGAUCUAUAUGUUGACCUAGAAUGAAUGACAUUAUAUUGUUGGCUGACAGAGAAGGUCUGUGUGUUUACUGAGAAUGAAUGACUGUUGGCUCAUUAUAAAACUUGUAUUUGACAGACAUAAAAAGUUUGAUGUUGAAAAAACUUUGUACAGAAUAAAGUAUUCUACGAAUGUC